AUGAGACAACUGCCGGCCAGCCUGUCCAGCAUACCCGAAGUUUUGCCCGAGCACUUUCGUGAGUGUAGAGCUAUGACCGUCUCAAAAGGUCCGGAGGUGGCUUUGCUGGAAAGGUCAGUCAAGGGCUUCGCCACAAACGGCAAGCCAGUGGAUGGUGUGCACGUGGACCGUGGCACAGCGCUACUUCAGGAGCAAUGGUCGAAGACAAUUUCGGCAGCAGGGUACGUGAUGAGCUCCCUGGCAAUGACGUCGUUGACGAAGUACGCUGCUUCUGCUUGGAAAUUUCCAGGUUCCAGCUUGCUGCUUUUGGUUGAAUGUUGGGCUACUGUCGGAGCUCUGUGUGCUUACCAAGGUGGAUACCAGCCUUGGAGCAGGCGAGUAUUGCGACAUCUCCCUUUGGCCACUCUUGCCAAGGCGCUCAACAUGUACUUAAGCUUCAUCGCGAUGCGGCGGACAAGCUUGCCUGUCUACAACAUUCUCAAGCGGUUGCAGCCAGUGUACGCUAUGAUCCAAGACAGGUACAUCCGUGGCACUUGUCCGAAUUCACUCGAAUGUUUGGGAGUUGUAUUGAUUUCUGCUGGCACUGUUGUUACCGGGCUCGGCGACUUAGAUUUUGAUUUGGUGGGAUACAUGCUUGCAUUGAUGGCAGCUGGAUGCCAAUCUCUAUACCUUGUGCUGGCUCGCAACGCGCAGGACAAAGCUGAACUGUCAUCUAUGGAUCUGGUGUUCUAUACAGCAUUCUACAAUUCUGUUUUGUUUGUUCCGUUGACUGUGCUUGAACUACCAAGCAUUGCGCUGUUUCUGCAAGGGCCGGGAGAGGUGUGGAAUCUUAUGGAGUUCCUUUUGCCCUACGUAUUGAUGGGGGCCGUGCUGAACUUCACGACAUUUUGGUGCACCGCGGAAAACUCGCCUCUUGCUACAGCGGUGGCAGGAACGUCGAAAGGCAUCCUGUCCACAGUCGUUGGUAUGCUGCUGUUUGGAGCUCACCUCACGGUGCUGGGUUGGAUAGGCUUGGCAGCCAGCACGAUGGGAGGCUUCGUGUAUUCCCUGGCACACUCCAGGAGUUCCAAGGAUUCCAAGCUGAAAUCCUCAAAGAGGACGUCGUAG